AUGGAGCGUUUGGACAUCGCUAAAGGUCGGGAUCAAGAGUCUACCGCUGCUCUGUUGCAAAACUCCGCUUUGAAGCCAUUAUUUAUCACUUCUGUGACUAUAGAUGGUGACAACAAGUUGAGUCCCCUGUCGGACUCGAUCUACAAAUCAGUGCUUGAACCUGUGCUUUCACAGCCUCUGCAGACGCUUAAACAGUCAACGAACAACUUUACGGAGAUCAAACGUAAACUUGUGUACACUGGGUUAUUCAGAGACGUUAGAAUUUCGUUGGAUAAAGAAACCUCCGCUGCACGUCUCGAAAAACUGCCUGAAGACGCCAUUAAGGACUACAACCUUGAAAAUCCAAUCCCAACGGCGGCCACAAUUCUGCUGUCGCCAAUUGAGUUCAACAAAGUGAGUGCGACGUCGACGACAACCGACUCGGUAUCUGCAUUUGGAGGGCGCUACUCGGUGAUAAAUGCACUUGGAAGAGCCGAGGUUCUAACGCUGCAAAACGAGCUGAGGUUUGUGCCUUUUAAAGGCGCUAUCGACGAGAACACCCUAGAGACAAAACUAGUGGUGCCUCUGCAACAAAAUCCCUCGGUCAAAGCUGUAGUGGAUGCGAGCUACGCAAAGGUCGAUCUGCGCGGUCGGACGUGUGUGGAGCCCCAAAACCAAACGGUUCAGAACCACGCUUCUGUCAAUCUCGGUGUUCAAAAGGCUUGGAUCAACAAUAAGUUCAAGUGCGUCCCAACUUUCUACAGCGGUCUCUCCGUCAUUGCCAGAGAUUUUAAAGAUCCGACUUCGGUCACAGGUCCAGACUGCCCUUAUAUCAAGAACAGCUUGGUGUCGCACUUGUUGUUCGACAACAGGAAAUUUUUCGGUCUCUUCCCAUCCUCUGGUGUCAAAUUGGCGAUCAACAACGAAUACGUUAUCUCCCAGAAGCUGGACAAAAAUUCAGGCUCUAGCGAUCCUUCCGAGGGGAACUUCAACAAGUUUGCGCUGACACUGCAGGGGCAACGCUCCUUUUUCAAGAACAGAGUAGUCAACUCGCUAGAUUUUGCGUGUGGAGGUAUUAUCCCAACCGGUCAAACCCCUAGUCGUGUUCACCACAUAGACAAAUUUUACCUCGGAGGCAUGGACAGCCUCAAAGGCUUUGAGAAAAACGCAGUUGGAAAAUAUGGUGGUGAUUUCUUUUACAAGCUCCAACUGGCUUCUUCCUUCAAGCUUCCCAACACCCCUGCUGAUUCUCCCUUGAGACUUCAAUGCUUUUUGAAUGGCGGAGAUGUUUUCGCAGGUAAACCGUCAAGGUUUUCUUAUGCGGCCAGCUCCGGGGUCUCACUGCUUUACAAAAGCUCGGUGGCCAACAUGGAUUUAACCUACGCUCUUCCCAUCACCAACAGGAUUCAAGAUGCGACGAAACCGGGAUUUUCCUUUGGAGUUUCUCUAUCGCUAUUUUAG